AUGGCCACAACACAUUUACUCAAAGCCGUCCAUCAGAUUGGGAAAGGAUUAAUUAGGAAAUCAUAUUGGAUAAACAGUGGAAGAACCUCAUCAGUGGUGACAGUUCCAGUUGUUUUUAUGACCUCUCUCACUGAUUUUGAACCACUGGCAAAAAAAAUUAAAGUCGAGAAAAGCUGCAACAAUCCCACUACUACUUCACCCACCCCAGCUUCUUCCUCAAAUCAGAUUUUAGCUAAAGAUGCGGCAUACUCCUCAGACAAUGCCAUGGAUUUGAAAGCAAAGAAUGGAGCAGGACCCGCAAAUCAAAAUCAGCCAAAGAAGUUCAAAAACACACUGGAUUGCUGGUUAGUAAAGCCACAGGCCUCUGAAAAAAUGGCAAAAACAAGUGAGGGGAAUCCUGUUCAGAGCAAGAUGGAGGACAAUGUAAACAGCCAGAGCACAGAGCAGAGCGUGUGGUCGAACUGCGAAGAAGAGACUCAACUUUUAACGUCUCAAGAGCUCUUGGAAGCCGACGCCUCCAACAAUAUGGAUGCCUCUCCCUCUCCCUCGAAAAAUCCAAAGAUUACACACUUCUUCACAGGUUCUUCUGGUGGUAGUGCCUCCAUAAAGCGCAGUAGGAUGGACAUUUCCGACGGCUCGGAGGAGGUGGAGGAGGAGGAAGAGCCUGAUGUGAGGUGGUUAGGGACACCCAUAGAGGAGCUGAAGAGGAGGCCUCAGUGUAGAGCCUCUUUGCCCAAACUUAAGAAUGAUCCACAGAUUCACACUGUCAUGAUACGGACGGACCUGCUCGCCCCCGGCUCUCCCCCUGGGCCUCACCCCAAAGUGUUCCAGGACGUUUGGGACGAUGUUCACGUCAAAAUGCCCUGUUCCACCAAGAAUCUGUUUCCAGUGAGAGACCAGGAAACGGAGGAGCUGGAAAACAAAAGCCGCUGGGAACUGAUCGAAGAAUCUUUGAGGGAGGAGUUCUCAGAUGUUCUCGACCUCAAGGAGGCCAUUUUGAAAUACAACGCCUCGUACGCAAAGAAAUGGGACUUCACUGCGUUGGAUCUCUAUUGCACCAAGGUUCUGGACUCGGACUCAGCUGAACAUCUGUUUGAGUGUGUGCUGCCAGAGAUGGUCCAGUUAUCACUGAGGGCUCCACAGCUGCUGACCAAGCCGGUGCCUCUGCUGAAGCGUGGGAAGAACCACUCGGUCUCUCUGUCCCAGGAGCAGAUCUCAUGUCUUCUUUCAAAUGCCUUUUUCUGCACGUUUCCCCGAAGAAACUCCCGGAAAACAGAGUACCGCAACUACCCCGACAUCAACUUCUUCAGGUUGUUCGAGGGCUCGUCGUCCAGAAAGAUCGAGAAACUGAAGACUCUGAUGUGCUACUUCAAAACAGUCACCGAGCAAAUGCCAAACGGAGUCGUCACAUUCACACGACGAAGCCUGGAGAACCCUGUCGACUGGACGAGUUCGUUGAAGCAGUUCACCCGGCUCCACAUCAGCUGUGACGGCACCAUCGAGGACGACGGGCACGGGAUGCUACAGGUGGACUUUGCAAACCAGUCUGUGGGCGGAGGCGUCACCAGUCUGGGUCUGGUCCAGGAGGAAAUCCGGUUUCUGAUCAACCCAGAGCUGAUCGUGUCUCGACUCUUCACCGAAGCUCUGGACGACAACGAGUGCCUCGUCAUCACUGGCUCACAGCAGUUCAGCAAAUACACAGGAUACUCACAGACCUACAGAUGGGCAGGACGACACCACGAUACAACUGCAAGAGACGCCUGGAUGAGGAGGUGCACCGAGAUCGUGGCCAUCGACGCUCUGCAGUUCAGGAGCUUCAUGGAACAAUUUAAACCUGAAAAAAUCAACAGAGAAUUGAACAAGGCGUUCUGUGGGUUCGCGCGGCCGGAGGAGGAGGCUGAGACUCUGGCAGCUGUGGCCACAGGGAACUGGGGCUGCGGGGUGUUCGGGGGAGACGCCCGGCUCAAAGCUCUGCUCCAGUUGUGUGCUGCUGCAGAAUCAGGUCGAGACGUCGCAUAUUUCACCUUCGGAGACAAACAGCUGAUGACCGACGUCCACCGGCUUCACUGCUUCCUCUGUCAGAGACACACGACUGUCGGUGAAAUCUACAACACUCUGGAGCAGUACUACAGCCGCCACAUCCUCUCCUGCUCCGGACGCCGCCCCGAGGUCUCACUCUACACGUUCAUUUACAGAACGCUGAGCUCCAGUCCUGAACCAGCAAAACUCUAA